AAAUUCUCCACCGUUCUUUCCCUUCUCUCUCUGGAGUUCAACUUCUAGAGAACUACUUAACAUAUAUAAGGUACUGUUCAUCACCCAACACUAACACGAUUGUCAAAAGGUGUGGGGGAAGCAGAAUCUACUUCUAUCUGAUCGAUCAGUCAUAUCUUUUCAAUCAAAUCACACCCUCUCUUACUCUUUUCUCUUUUUGUUUGAAAAAAGGAAAAGCAAAAGGAGUCUAUGUCGAGCAUGUCGAUGUCGUCCUCCUCAGCUCCAGCUUAUCCACCGGACCACAUCUCAUCUUCAGACCACCUUUGUUACGUCCAUUGCAGCUUCUGCGACACCGUCCUAGCUGUAAGUGUUCCUCCCAGUAGUUUGUUCAAGACCGUGACGGUGAGAUGCGGCCACUGCUCAAAUCUUUUGUCGGUGACUGUGAACAUGAGAGCUCUUUUUCUUCCCUCGGUUUCAAACAUUGGCCAUUCUUUUUUACCUUCUCCUCCUCCUCCCAAUCUCUUGGAGGAGAUGCGAAACGGAGGACAGAAUAUAAACAUGAACAUGAUGAUGAGCCAUCAAGAAGUAGCUCACCACUCCAACGAGUCUUUGGUUAUGGCCACUCGCAACGGAAGAGUCGAUCUGCAGGAAAUGCCUCGCCCACCACCAGCCAAUAGACCAGCCCCAGAGAAGCGACAAAGAGUACCAUCUGCUUACAACCGAUUCAUCAAGGAGGAGAUCCAACGUAUAAAGGCAAGCAACCCUGAUAUCAGCCACAGAGAGGCCUUCAGUGCUGCUGCCAAAAAUUGGGCUCAUUUUCCUCACAUACACUUUGGUCUCAUGCCUGAUCAUCCUCCUACCAAGAAGGCUAACAUGCGCCAGCAGGAGAGGAAGUGGUCAUGGGAAGAGAAGGGUUCUACGGCUCAGCUGCAAAUGUUGGAGUGACCCAUAACUAGCUAUAGCUUCUUCUUCUUCCUUUUUAAUUAAGGUUUCUUCAUGUUCCCAAUUAAGAUCUUUUAAUUUUCAGAAUGUGGUUAAUUCCCAACUCAAAACUUUAACUGAUUAUUAUUAUUAUGACAUUGUUCUUAUGACAUUGAUAAUCAAUCAGGAGAGACUUUUCUUGUUAGAAAUGUCGGAACUAAUGUAAAAUUUUCAGUCCGAAUGUAUUUUCAAUUGCUUUACUAUAUAUAAGACGUGUAUGUAACUAAUUAUCAGAAGUGGAGAGUAGGCAGCAGCUAUAGGCUU